AUGUCGAGCACGGCGUCUGCCGCGCGAGUGCCGUCUGUUGCGCCGGCUGUAGUGCCCGAUGCCGCUCGAUUCGUGCGCGAGUUCCCCCCGCACGCACCCGAAGACGACUUUGCGCAGGCGCUGGAGAAGCAGUACCUCUGCAAGAAGCUUCGGGCCGCCUGUACGCAGCUCGGACUCAACCCGCAGGCCGACCCGUCGAUGAACCACAAGAAGGGGUACAUCCAGUUACUGACUCAGUACCGACGGGCGCGACAGCGCGGCGACGCAGUAUCAGUUGUACUCUCUCUACUGCCGACGAAACGAACGGCAGUGCGCAUGGGCAGAGGCAGUUGGACCAGACACUGUGGAUUCCGAUUGAUUAACGUCUUGUUCAGUCGCGCGUUUGUUGGACGUAUCCACGAGUCGGGCGCGUUGUUUCUGCUGCAAGAAGGGGACGAAAAGGUCGUUGACGGUCGAGCAAAGUACUGGAAAGACGUGGCGGUGGCGUAUACUUCGUACGCGGCGGAACGCCAUCGAAUCCUAGGCCCGCCUGGACGAUACGACGGUAUUGACUUGGCACUGGCCCUGCAGCACACGGCUGGAAAUCUCUGUUCGAUCUGGAAAGACAUUACAGCUCGCUACAAAGCGUGUCUGGCUCGAUGGAAGCAGCUAGAGACGCCCGAUGUCGGGUUUGCCCAGUUUUGUGGCAACUUGGAUGUGAUGUACCUGUACGAGAAGCUGCAGCUGCAGCUGAGUCGCGUGGGUUCGCCCGAAAAGCCGCGACCUUCGAAACGAGUGCGAACCGGAGACGCUGUCGAGGAUCGUGGAAAAGGGCCGGCAAAUGCCGCCGUGGACCGCACGGAUGAGCGCGGCGCCGUGUUAGUGCCGUCUGAACGUGAUCAAGCGCCGAUUCGAAGUCCAGUGGCUAGAACAGCUGACAAACGUGGACCGAUGUGCCAUCGACUCGAUCCUGCUUCGAGUUCUAGACCUGCGUCCCUCUCGCGUCAGCAGGGCACACUUGCCUCGAGUGAAGAACAGCACACGAAUUGGAAUGCUGAAACGUUGACUGAAGCCAUGCAAGAGGUUGUUCGAGUUGAUGAUGAGCGACGGCUUUCGCGUCUAGAUACGUAUGAUGGCGUGAUAUACUCGUCGCAAGCUGUACGCGACACGAUGUCGGCAAUCGAAGCGCUGAAGCGCGGCAGUUUUGAUCGCACUGUCAUUGCUCAGGCCGAAGAGAGUAUGGAAGCGAUCGUUCAGGUCUGGCUUCGAGAGUUGACCAAGGCCAGACAACAAUCAUGA